CAAUAGUCCAUUUGAAGCAGCAAUAACAAAAGAAGACAGGGGUUUCAUCAGUUUCCCACUGUAAUCAGAGGGCGUAUAAAAGGUGAAAGCAUCAUGUUUUUUGGAAUUCAACACAUGCGGAUUUGGAGACUCCAAAUCAGCUUCGACUACUUGGCGUGCGUCAUUGCGCAGCGGCGCGUCCAGCUCACGGUGGUUAACGGGAAUCUGCUGACAGGGCACAACCAGUUGUUUGUGCAGGCAUAUGUUUGCGCGGAUCAGCAGGUGCUACCUUAGAAAAAAGAUAAAAUACGUGUAUGGAAGUGGAGAUUUCAGCCGCGGCGAAUUGAGGGAGAACUCUUUCAUCGAAGGACUCUAAUUUCCAGGAUGCGCUGACGGACGCGUGUGUGACAUGAUCGUGGCGAUAGAUCGGAUCAGAUAAAUUCAACCAGGCGUCUUCCCUCCUUUGCAGCCAUGGCUCACUCCGUGUCUGGAGGGACUGUGCUCACUAUCCUCCUCAUUAGCAGGUUGUUAGAAAACACGCUGCUCAACGCAGAAGUGAAGGAAGGAGAGAUUCUGCCUCCUACCAUUCAGAGGCUGAUGAAAGGAUACAACAAGUAUCUCAGGCCUUUCUUUGACAAUGGUCCUGUGACGGUGGGAAUGAGUUUGGACAUCGCUAGCAUUGACACCAUUUCUGAGAUUAACAUGGACUACACGGCCACCAUAUUUCUCCGCCAGCGCUGGACGGAUGAGCGCUUGGUGUUUGAGGGCAACAAGAGCCUGAGCCUCGACGGGCGCCUGGUGGAGCUUCUCUGGGUGCCGGACACUUUUAUUGUUGACUCCAAAAAAUCCUUCCUGCAUGAUAUCACCGUGGAGAACAGACUGAUCCGCAUCUUCCCCAAUGGGACCGUCCUUUAUGCUCUGAGGAUCACCACUACUGUGGCAUGUAACAUGGAUUUGACGAAGUACCCCAUGGACAAGCAGACCUGCACGUUACAACUAGAGAGCUGGGGCUACAACAUCAACGAUGUCAUGUUUUACUGGACCCGAGGAAAUGAGUCGGUCAGUGGCUUAGACACCCUCCAACUGGCUCAGUACACCGUAGAGGACCACUACACAUCUGCCUCAGAAGCUGUCUAUGAAACAGGCCGUUACCCGAGGCUGGUUUUCCACUUCGAGCUGAAGAGGAGCAUUCUGUAUUUCAUCCUGGAGACUUAUGUCCCCUCCAGCUUGCUGGUAGUCCUCUCAUGGGUGUCCUUCUGGAUUUCCUUAUCUUCUGUUCCAGCUCGAAUUUGCAUAGGAGUGACCACAGUCCUGACUAUGACCACGCUGAUGAUGGGAGCCCGGACAUCGCUGCCCAAUGCCAACUGCUUCAUCAAGGCCAUUGAUGUCUACUUGGGAAUCUGCUUUAGCUUCAUCUUUGGAGCGCUUAUUGAGUACGCCGUGGCCCACUUCUGCACUUUAACUCAUGCUGAUGCUCACAUGCUGAUGUACGGCCACCACAUGUACGACAUGGACGACGAAAUGAACGGCAUCGUCACCACCAUUUCCACUCACGCCAACAGAGCCAAGAGACGCAAGGAGCCCGCCGUCACUUCCCCGCCGGCUCCUGCCUCGGCAGAACUCAGCGUCAGCCCCUCCAGUCCUUCAGGCAGUGAGCCCAAGCCUGAAGUGUCCCCUCCAGAACCCACCAACUGGUGCCUCACCACUCUUGCCACACUGCGCAAAAUCCUCCGCUUUAUAAGCUGCUGUCACAUUGAGAACCCCCACCACAUAGACAACUACUCCAGAGUUACGUUCCCCCUUUCUUUCGUCUUUGUCAACCUACUCUACUGGACAUAUUAUCUGUACUUCUAGUAUUGGCUUUAGAGCGGCGGUGUGUCUCUGAGAGUGUAAGGCAAAGACUGUAUGUAGACAAGAAGUGUAUUUUACUGUAUGUAUGUACAGAAAGCAUUAACAAGGUGUGUUCUGAGAUGGGUUUAUACCGUUUCUACAUUUGGUUUCAUAAGCAAAGUAGCAAACUCGAAUGAGACCAUUGUUUUUAUUUAUCUAUUUAUUUAUUUAGUUAUUUAAUUAAUACAUGUAGAAUUGCAGCUUCAUUUUGAAUAGUAAAACAGGUGCAUCUCAGUAAAUUAGAAUAUUAUUGAUAGUUGAAAUAGCAGUCCGGUGAAAAGUAUCCCCAUUUUUACAAUAUAAAUGCUCAAUAAUUGGUUGCUGCUCUUUUGAAUGAACAGCUGGAUCAGUGUGGCACGGCAUGGAAACUCGUUCUCUUAAUGACAUCCUUUAACUACUCUGAUUGUUGGCUCUGGUGUCGUUUGUCUUCUUCUUGACAAUACUUCAUAGAUUCUGUAUUAGGAUUAUGUUAGGAUAGUUUGCUGGAAAUCUUAACAAGGAUCUCCAUAUUGUUUGUCAUCAGAGGGAAGCAUAAGGAGCUCUAAAUGUUGGUUGUUGCUCUGACGGCUUGGUAAAACAGGGUGGAACAACACAGGCAGAUGUUAUUUUUUCCAAAAUCAGUGAAAUUUCCACAGUCAGUUUUAUGAAGAGCUCCGCUAAAAAAAAAGGCUGCACCUUUACUUUUUUCCUUCCACACAACCUUUCAGUAAAAUACUAACAUACAAAACUCAACCAACUUGAUAAUAACAAAUUCUUAUUUCUUGCAAAUUAGAAGUCUUCGCCUUGAUUGUCAAGGCUGAUAUUUUUUAGAUUCUAGCUAUGUUUUCUGUGAUUGGUCUGAUGUAAUAUUCAAAUUUCUGCAAAAUUAAAUUUGGAGUUUUUAUUAGCUGUAAUCAAAAUGAACGGAAAUGACUAGAAAUAUACCACUGCAUGUAGUAACAUUAUAUUACAUACAGGUUUUUAAUGAUAUUUUAAUUUACUUAGAUUCACCAGUAUACUUUUCAUUCCUGUUUUUCUAAAUAAAUCAGUUAUUUUGCUCAAAAGAAACGACCAGUUUAAUCAGAGAACAUAGGGUCUGAACAGUUCUACCAAUCGAAAAGCAGGAAAAGGCUAUUGCAUUCUUUCUACUUGAGAUAUAUUCAUUUUAAGAUGGAGCUGUGAUCCAAGGCUUGGUGACAGAUUUCACAAGGGCUGUUAUGUGAGAGCAAAUUCCCACAGCACUUUGAUUUUCUGCUGUGAUGGACUGAUCAUCGAUAUUUUAUAACUUCAUCUUCUAUUUUCUGGAACAUUUAGGAGGAAGUAGAGAAAAAACAAAUGGCAGCUGUGAGGUGAAAAAGACCCAUCAUAGAGUGUGUUAAAAAGAAAAAAACUCUAAACCUUUCUCCAAAUGGAUGAUCACUCCUGCCAGAGCUGGAAAAAUCUUUUUCUCUGUCACUCUGUGAGUUGCUUUUUUUUAAAACUAAGUAGUAAGGUUCUGUUUGCUUGCAUUUUUUGUUUUUUAUUGAGAAUACGAAUAUAUAUAGUGGCCUUUAAUCAUUUAUAAACCAAUUUUAUUACAGUAAUCAUUAUAUGAGUCUGAAGCCCCCUAUAUCCACUCCCUAUUAAGAAAUUGCACAUUCUGAAUUUUAUGAACACAGUACAUGUUAUUAAAUAACACAAAACAUAAAAAGAAACUGUAAAAAAUGGUCCAUCCUAAAAUACCAGAGGUAUAAAGAAAUUAUGUGCCAUAAAUGGUAAAUAAAUAUGCCAAACUGAAAAAAGACACCAGCUUCAUAUACAAAUGGUACAGGAUUUUUCUGGAUUUUUUUUAAAAGUCUGUCUCUCACAAUACAGACCUCUCCAUUCUUUGAAAGUGGAAAAAUUUUAAAAAAUGGAGGCGUCUCAAAUACUUUUCCUCCCACUGUAUAUAUCAAACCAUUUCCGAAGUAGUAUCUAAGUAUCAAAAAUGGGUUUUUUGGGGGGAUAUUUAAUUAUCAUAGAACAUAUUAUUAUCAACACUGCCUGCUCAUGUGAUGUUGUGGUAAAUUACAAUCUUGUCUCCUGAGACUCGCCUUAAAUUGAACUAAAUUUCCCCACUGAGGGGGAAAAGGAAACAUUAUUCUCUUCUUAAUCAACUCUGUGGUAUGAAAUAAACCUGACAAAGACAGAAAAACAAAUCAUUAUCACCAUAUCAUAAACUCUGGAUGUAGAUAGUUAAGCUUUUAUUAAUUCACACUGUGGUGUCAAUGCCCACAGAGCAGGGGUAACAGAUUAGACAUGUGGAUGUGCAGGACUGCCACACUUUAAAGUACAGUGAGAUAGUGAGCGAUACAUUAUUUAUGCAGUAUUUCUCUCUGUGGCUUCAGCAAUUGUUUCUCAGUAGUAGUAUCCAGGCUUUGUGGAAUGGGAAUGAAAUGGCCAAAAUAAAUAAAGAGGAUGGAAGCCUCUGUGCACUGUGAAAACGAAAACAAAACAGCAUGGCAUUUCUUGGUUUUCAUGAUUCAACUUUUACAAAGAAGGGAGAAAUCCCAUCCCAGUAAAUGCUGACAUAACCAUGAUGGGGCAGCAAGUGGCUAUAAUGUCUUUAUUACAUUUUAAAAGCCAUAAAAAGCAUUCUAAGUGUAGCCAGUGAUUGUGUUUUUGCAGCAACUUCACAUAAAAAAACAAUAGGAAACCGCUGUGUCCACUGAACACACAUUGAAGUGUAACGGUGAUAAGGUCAGAACAAAAUAUAGGACAAAAGUACACCCUUCAUGCAUAACAUUUUUGUCACUGUGUGCCCACAGUUGAUGUGUUUCAAAGAGGGAAAUGGGCAAACAUUAGGAUUUGAGUUUAUAGUGCCCUUGUGACUGGGUCAGAGCAUCCAAUAACCCUGUCUGGAGUGGUCAGUCUCUAUUUAAAGUGGUUCAAGGAAGGAGAAGUUGUGACUCUGUGACAGGGUCAUUCAUGUACAGGCUGUCCUCUGGAUAGACUGGAUCUAUCCAACAGAAAAGCCACUGCUGACCAAAUUGCAGAUUAAUUUAAUACUAGUUCUGAUAGAAGGGGGCAAGAAUACACAGACCCUCAUAGUGUGUUGCCCUUCUGACUCCUGUUCAGUGCAGAAAUAACCAACAAUCUGAUGAAUUAAAUUGUCUUUCACAAUCCAUGAAUGGCCAGGUGAGCGUGCGUUGCCUAUCUGGGGAACACAAAGCACCAGGAAGCGCUACAAAAAGAAGGCAAGUUGCAUUAGCAUGAUAAUGACAAUGUUCUGCUGCAAAAUGUCUCUGCAGAUGUCACUUUGACUUUGACGCCACCUACCCAAGCAUUGUUAUAGAUCAUGUACACCCAUGUAUGGAAGCAGUGCAGUUGUCUGAAUGUACCUUCUUUGUUUGAGGAACACAACAACGUGUUUGAGGUGUUGACUUGGCCUUCAAAUCUCCCAAAUCUAAAUCCAUUGGACUGACAUGAAUCCAUAAAGUUUCAGCUAACAGGACUUAGCGGACAUGCUUCUAACAUUUUACAAGAUGCUGCAGCACACCUUCAGCGUUGUAGAGGAGCCCAAGCCUCAACGAGUCAACAGUAUUUGGCUGGUGAUCACAAUGAUAUGCUUGAUCUUGUUCUCUUUGAAAGAAGAACAAUUUUAUAAUUCUGUUAGGGAGCAUAAAAUAUAAUAUAUUUUUUUUAACUUUAACUUAAUUUACUUUUGAAAUGUAUCUUUGGGCUUUCAGUUUUCCCUCUGACUAAGUUAUAAUGUGGUGACCUCCACCACAUUAUAAUCUGGACAGCAGGUGUAAAAUAUACCCGAUUUCACAAUGCCUUGGUUUGUUUGCUCACAGGAAUUUGAGCCAAAGAAGAUGCUUUCAUUAUUCUUAGUUUUCCCUUUAGUGUCAAAUGCUUAAAGUGCUUUGCUGAAAAGAAUCUACCAUGAUUGUUUUUGUCACUAGAGAAUACAUAAACUGCAUGUUGUAGGCGAGCAGAUGAAAACAACAACAGUCAGACCACAGGAGUCAGUUGAACUAAAGAGAUGCAUGUUUAUUUAUUGCCGUUUACUCAAUAUUACUGUGAAAAACUCAAAGUUGGUGAAUUAAAACCACAGUUCAUUUUUAAAGAACUAAUUUUGGGUUUGUCAAAAGGAGAGCUAAACAGUCAAUGUACAGUAAUGACCUGCUUUAGCUCCACGGUUUUCACUGUCUGCCGUCUACAGACAAACAUUUCAAUUAUUUCUUCUGCCUGAUGCUUUAUGAAAAAUAGAAUCUUUUUAGUUUGUAUUUUCCUUUCUGCAUGGUUUUAUGUGUACCUUUUUUCCUUCUACAUUCUUUUAUUUUGUCUAACACACAGAAUUGGUCUCUGUAAAAAGCUAAUUGUGAGGACUGGGUUCGUAGAAAGCUCAAUGCCAAACAUGAGAUUUAAAAUUUUGAAAAUUCAAAUUUUCAGACCCUUCCACCAAGCUGUGAGUGACAUCUUCUCUGUGGAUGUUGGAAAACAUUUACUUUUUAUAUUUAAUGUCAUCAUUAUUACUUUGCUAAGCUAGUUAAGCUUAACACGUGCAUGUAAAUGUGGAACCAAAGAGCCACAACACAGAGAACACCGAUCCAGUCAUAUUUUAAAAACACACUGAAUGAACAUUGUUUUGGACAUUGAAUGCUGAAGGACGUCAGUGGGACAUCGGAGGGAUAUAUUUAAAGGAUAAUGGUAAAUAGAGACCUUUCAUCCUCCAGUGUGGGGGAUCUGUCAGUUAUAAACUAUCAACUGAGAGGACAACUUUACUUUACGGGACAUUUUCUUGUCAAAUGUAUUUAUACACAAUAGUAACAUCCAGUUGCUCUAUCUACUGUAAAUAAACAAUACCACUAUGCAUGUUUAUCUGGUGUAUGAAUGUGAAUAAUAGCAAUAAAAAGGUUUAAUGUGUUAUUUGUUGAUGCUUUGCCAAUUUUGUUUGAAGGUGUUUAAGAAGCUUUUCAUGACCUAACAGGAAUCCUAAGAGCUGAAGAGCCGACUCAUCCUUCAAAAAAGAUGAAGACACAGCUUGUAAUUUUAAUAAAGGAACAUUAAAAGACUGGUAAUAA